AUGGAGCGUAUUCCACCUGUUGUCGACAGAAAUGUCGCAGUCGAACCGCAUCAACAACCCCUCGGUAUCAACUCUCCAUUUACAAGACUUAAGAACGAUCUCCUAAGCAGGAGCGGUAUACGUCUUCCGAGGGAUGUGGAUCAUGCUCUGCGAUUUAGAGGGUUCAUGAGGGAUUUUGGAAGACACCCGCGCUUCAACGACCGGGAGGACGAAACGGCAUACCAUUCGAUUCGGGAUGGCGAGGAGGUCUCCUCACGCUUGUCCGCAGCCGAAUCACCAUCAAUCACGGAGAAGCCGCUCAGGAAAACGCUUCUGGGGGUGGGAAUCCCCGAUACGGACGUAACCACGUUGCCAGUGCGUCGGCGGACCCGGCCACUGCGACUGUCACGCAUAGAGAAGCUUACAUACGAGCUCCUUCUCGAGGUUCUCGACCAUCUUGAGCUACACGAAGAAUAUGUCCUUUCAUGCACGAGCUGGAUAAUGCGUCAAACUGUAAGAGGACUGAGGAAGAUGGAGAGCUGGGGAGGGAGAGUCUCACACCUGUCUCGCCAGGAGAGGCUCAGAUUCCUCACCGGCAUCGCAACCUUUGUGCCCGAUAAGUGGGCUUGCAAGGCCUGCUGCAAGCUUCACCAGGUAGACGAGUCCGACUUCCCCCUGGUAGAAAACGACCCCGUACAUCGCCCUCGGUCAAAUGAUCGCGAUCAGUACCCUUGCCCCUUCGGGCCUCCUUCCAGCAUCGUCAUUGCCAGCCACGAGUUUCACUAUGUCCACGUCCAGAUGGCACUAAAGCUCAACCGGAUGGGCAUGACCGACCAUCCGUACUACGAAAAGCUCAUGCGCGUCAACGAAUGCUCAGCACUACGUAUACGGCGGACGCACGCCCACCGCCGUCUCGGCAGCCAUUCUAUGAUCCCGAAAAUCGUCGAUGGCAGGUUCCUCUUCCAGACCAAAGUGAUCUUAGACUUCGAGGCGACGACCUGUCGAUUCGAAGAACUGGAUACCCUCUGGCUCCAGGACACUAUGUGCGCGUGCAUAUCGCGGACCUUGUACAGGGAUUUUCAGCGGGAUGGCGGAGGACGACUCGAACCCGGAACUAACGAGACGAUGCUUUACUGCACAAACUGCCGUACCGAAUGCUCGACCGUGGUGAAAGACACUGGGUUCGAAAUCACCUUUUGGUACGACCUGGGCGCGUACGGAUCCCCAGACGAUUUCCCAUGGACGAUGGACCCGUCGACCCUGGAUAUGAGACUACGGAACGACGGAGCGAUGUCGGCUGCGCCUGGCAGCAUUCGUGACCUGUGGGAGCAGGAUGAAGAUUAG